AUGAAGAGAUUCACUACACUUUGAGACACAGAUCGCGAGUCUGCAUCCUAAAUUUCUUUGAAAAUAUCUGAUUACUCUGUCAUUCCAUAUAACAGGGAAAGUGUAAAGCUAAAACUGCAAAGAACUGUCAGAAAAUAUACUCUUCGAACCAAAUGAUAAGAAAAACUGUUUAUGUGUAAAUUGUUACGUAAAUUAUUGCAUACCGCACACACGGCCCCUUAUUGUUCACUGUUGUUAUGUAUUAGAAUACAUUGUAUAUCACUUUCUAUGUAUUGUUUCAAACUAAAUAAUGACAAAUUAUAAUGAUGACGUUGUGUUUUGCGAAUUUAAGGGGAGUGGAUAUCAAUGUUGUUUAUCAAAUAUUUUCUAAAUAAUUGUGAAUUAACACUAAGGUAUGACUAGAUAAAUAUUUAAAACAUUUAUUGCUAUUAAAUAAAAUAUACAAAAUAGAUUAUAAUUAAAAAUAUUAUCAAGUUUACAGCAGUAAAUACUGCUUACCCCUUCAGAGUUACUCUAUUUAGGGGUUAACAUAAACCUAGUUCAAGUGAACACUUUUUAACUUAGUGUUAUUUCACAAAUAUUGUAACAACAUUGGAACUAUCCACACAAUCCCCAAAGCGUUGAACUUCUUUACAAAUUAUAAUUGAUUAGUUCACUUUAUAUCCUCGGUCGUUGUUAUCAUCUGCUAAUAUAUCCAAUAUAUACGUUAAAGUCACUGGUACUAAGUAAUUAGAACUAAACUCUUAAAAUAUGCCUGUAGUGCUGUCUGAAAAACACAUUCACUGCGUCUGAUCAAUUCAGGUUUCUCCCAAUAAUACUCCCGCAUUAAGCAAUUUAAUCCUUACGUUGCGGGGGUUUCACUUACAUUCAAGUCACAUGUACAAGACACCCAGACUCAAAACGAGCAUUUGUGGAUCUCACAAAUGCUUGUCCCCUGCGAGGAUCGAACCCGCGACACGAUCGCAACCACUCGUCUACUACCCGUAUAUUCAAUUCACAUUUACACAAUUGAUCUCAAUUGAUUGAGGCGUUUCACUGAGUUGCUUAAAGUAUAAGAUAAUUUGAUUUAGCAGAUGAUAACGACAUCAUGUGUCUAUGAACUCAGCACUACGACACGUCUUGUGUCUCUUGUGGCUUUCGUUCGCGUUUUCUAUUAGUAUAAAUAUACACAGACUUUACAAGGUCUUUGCAUAAUUGUGAAGAGAGUUGAAAAUUAAUUCCGUAUUGCUCUUUAAUAAAAUAAAAAUAAAAUGUUAACUAGUAAUGCUUGUGGCUCAGUGUUUACCAUUUAACGGGUUUACAAGCUGUAAGAUACACGAAAAAAAUGUCUUUACUUUAAUAAUACCACUUUGGCAUUUGAAAUUAUGUUAUCUUAAUGCCUACGACGAAGAAAAUCGCACUAGAAAUUUAUUUAAUUCCUGGCAAGCCGCGAGCAUUACAUAAUUUUUAGCAAUUUAAAUUACGAAACCACUAAAACUAGAAGUGAAUUGAUUAAAAAGUGAAACGCGAACGGACCACAACUAAUAUAUGAGUAUAUAUUAUAUUCUCAAGUUGCCUUAAUAUAUUUUAGACUGAUUUUUUAUAAUCGUGAAGCGUGUCAAACAGUUUAUAUAGAAUGUUAAGGUAUGUAACUGCGCUCGUUUUCAAUCAUUAAGUAUAAGAUCGCAGUUUACUUAUGACUUGGCGGUUUACUGAAUAUAAGUUAUUUAUCGUCACAGGAUAUUUGUCGACAAAAUGCUGAUAUGGAGAGCCAUUCUGAAUUCACUGUACUAGAAUCUCAAUUAAUACCACAUUUUCAGUUUAAAAAGUCUUUUGACAGAAUACAAUUUAAUGAAUCAGGUUUUCCGAAUAGCCCUCCCAACUCUUUAUGUAAAGAGAAAUGUGUCUGUGCGUAUCAAUGUGUACACUAUUUCGUCUUUUGUUGCCACACGUACCCCACGACAAAUAUCUGACCAAAAAUCCGAAUUUAUAUCGAUUGCUUUGCAAAAACUGUAACGUUCCGUUGGAGCUUGAUGUUUUGUAUGUGUUAGUCUGAAUUGAACUAUUGCAAUGUAUAAUAGUAGAUAAUAUUUGUAUAGUAGGAAGGCACAAUCCGUCCACAAGUGAAAGUUUCUGCAUAUGCGACUGUUUUGUUUAAAAAAUAUAUUUGUAAAAUUCAAAUUUUCAUUGAUAUUGACAUGGUCAGAAAAAAGCUUAUGAAAUUCAUAUUAGUACCUAUAUCUUAUGUUUGAAUUAUUAACCAAUUUAAAUUGAUUCUUAAUAUCGAUAGAAAUAAGUUUGGCAUUUGUAAAUUCAUUUUGAAACCAACUGGAAAAUGUUCAAGAAAUAAAAUUGUAUACGCUGUACUACUUCUUUAAGUAUUAAUUUACCAUACUAUUUUGAUAUAUGCUAUCUAUAUGUCUAUAUCAAUGAGUUUGGAGUUUCCUCAGCAUAUGCAGACGUGACGUGGUGUUUUGUGACGUUCGGGUAAACCGCCGGCGCUCCGUUGAUUUGUGUCACAUCAAUAUCAGAAUUAAUACUGAAUUAAAAUGGUACAUGGAUAUAUUUUGUUGUUUUAUUUUUGUAUUAUUUGUAAAACCAUUUGUACAUAAUUUACGCAAGUGAGGGAUUCCUAUUGAAUACUUAAUGCAUAUUGGAAUAAGAACACAGAAUUCUGGAAAGAUUGGCGUUAACUGCGUAACUCGCACAUUAACAUUUGAUGGAAAUCUAUAUUGAAAUCGCUCAAUCCGUUCGGGAGCUAUGAUGCUACGCAUAGAAGACAGACACGCGGGCAGAAGGGCGUCAAACUUAUAACAAAAUAAAGAAUCUAUUGAUCACACACAAGUUUAUUGUUCUAAAUUGUGUCUUUUAAUAUUUUAAGGUUCAAAAAAUGGUCAAAUUAUGUGCAGAUCGAGAAUAACCCACGUAUCCAACCACAAUUACUCAUAAAUAAAUAUUCUAUAGAAAUUGCACGCAAUUUAGCGAAUUACAUUAGACCUGUAUUAAAAUGUAAUUUUAUAAUUUUUAUAAUGCUAGUACGAGAGUUAUUAAGCAAUAGUGACUUAGAUUGCUGCAUGAAUAAAUUAUUUAAAUAUAAUUUCCCUUUUCUUACUAGACUAGUGCUUUCUAUAAGUUUGGUUGAAGACGUUUCCUAUACUAAAAAAUGUUGUAUUCAAACCUUCCUCAAGAUUACAAAAAGACAUUCAGUCGAUACAUAUAUUUAUUCAAAUUCAUUGGCAUACAGUUCUUUGAUGAGCCCAAUGGCGUAUUCACAAAAGCUAACUUAAAAUUAACUGUAUUCGUUAUUACCUUCUUACCUUUCGUCAUUGGCCAAUUCAGUUUGAUCUCAAAAAUAAGAAUUGAAAACUUUUUGGAGAGUGUGCGAGUUGUUCCCGUUGAUAUUAUGUUUUUUCUGGAUUUAGUGAAGCUGUCGAUUCUUAUUAUCAGAAGAUCCGAUAUCAGGGAUAUGUUCUUGGAGAUCGGUGAAUUGUGGCCGAAAGGACUCAAGUCUGAUGAAGAAAAGUCCGUGAUUUUGAAGGCUUGGCUGAAAAGAAUUAGGAUCCCACUUGAUUUUUUCUUCUUCUUCGCGAUAGCAAACCUGUGCCUGUUCGAGGUGAUCCCCUUCAUCAUGUCUUGCUUCAACAUCAGCCACGGAAUGGACGUCUAUGUGUUUCCUUUUAAACCUCCAAACGUGUGGAAUAUUAACUCAACUUUUGUUUUUCUGAUUACUUACCUAUGGGAGAUAUCGUGCACUGUACCAUGUCAAAUGUGUGUCUACCUGCCCUUCGAUCUGCUAAUCGUGACUAUGACGUCAAACGUUAGUGCUCUGUUGAGACUGCUACAGAUCGAUCUCAAAAACGCCAUUAAAUUGCGUGAUAGCAACAUGCUGCUGAAGAAUAAUAUUCACAAAUCUGACUCCGAUGGGUAUCAGGAAGUCAAAACUAUUAUUGAAACACAUCAGAAACUUUUAAGAAUAGCAGACCAGCUCAGCAAUAUAUUCGGUAUAGUGAUAUUCAUUCACGCCAUGUUUGCCGCUCUCGAAAUUUGCUUUUUUGGAUUUUUGACUGUGAUCUGUGUCGGACCCGCAGAGACCAUCGCUAACUUCCUCACCGUGUUGAGCGCAGUUUUCACUAUCUUUCUUCUAUCGCUUUCUGGACAAUUAUUGUGUGACACGAGUUCGGAAGUAGCUGACGCCGCGUAUCAGAGUUACUGGUAUGAGAGCGAUGUGAAGGUGAAAAAGCUAAUUCUGUUCAUAAUAAUCAGAGCGCAGCGCCCUAGUUAUUUGUCUGCACUUGGAUUUUCUGAAUUAACUCUCAGAUCAUUUUCUAAGAUCAUGAGUUCCUCGUGGACAUAUUUGUCAUUGCUGUUACAAGUCUACGAAGAGACAUAAAUUAAAGUUUCGAAUUGAUGUCUUGGUAUAAAAUGGACACCUGCACUUUGCACAAUACCUUACUAAUGUCUAGUAUCCAGUAGUCCAUCCUAUUUUCCACGUUACGAACGUAGUUUUUUUGUCACUUACACAAAUAUUUUAAAACAAAAACUUACAUUUUUAGAAGGUCUUAAA